CCAAACCCUAAAAUAUUUCCCCACGUCUCCCGCACCAUUGAAGGAGAGAAUCUCUUUGCUCUGCUCUUUCAUUGAAGGAGAGAAACAGUUCGUCUCUUUCCCAUGACGUCCACGUAUCUUCUCUAUGAAUCUGCUUCUGGUUAUGCUCUGUUUCAUGCCCAUGGCCUUGACGAAAUUGGGCAGAACACCGAAGCCGUUAGGAGCUCUGUUUCCGACCUCAACCGCUUCGGCAAGGUCGUGAAGCUAGCUGCUUUUCACCCCUUUGAGUCGGCUCUCGAUGCUCUCAAACAGUGCAACUCUGUCUCCGAAGGGCUUAUGACUGAUGAGUUGAGGAGUUUUCUGGAAAUUAACCUUCCAAAAGCCAAGGAAGGUAAAAAGGCUAAGUUCGUUUUGGGACUAGCUGAACCCAAAAUUGGGUCAAACAUCUUUGAGGAGACUAAAAUCCCAUGUCAAAGCAACGAGUUUGUUCUGGAGCUGCUUCGUGGUGUGCGUCUUCACUUUGACAAAUUUAUCAAAGAUCUCAAGCAAGGAGAUUUGGAGAAGGCUCAACUUGGUCUGGGACACAGUUAUAGUAGAGCGAAAGUGAAGUUCAAUGUUAACCGUGUCGAUAACAUGGUUAUUCAAGCCAUCUUCCUUCUUGACACUUUAGACAAAGACAUUAAUUCCUUCUCCAUGAGAGUCAGAGAGUGGUACUCAUGGCAUUUCCCUGAGUUGGUGAAGAUUGUCAGUGACAAUUAUCUUUAUGCUAAACUUGCUAAAUUCAUUCAAGACAAGUCUAAGUUGGCUGAAGAUAAAAUCCCCAGCUUGACAGACAUAAUUGGCGAUGAAGAUAAAGCAAAGGAGAUUGUUGAAGCAGCCAAAGCCUCCAUGGGUCAGGAUUUGUCUGAUAUUGACUUGAUUAAUGUCCAGCAAUUUGCACAGAGGGUGAUGGAUCUUUCUGAAUACAGGAAGAAACUUUAUGAUUAUCUAGUUACUAAAAUGAACGAUAUUGCUCCCAAUUUGGCCUCUUUGAUUGGUGAAGUUGUUGGGGCCCGUUUAAUUUCUCAUGCUGGUAGUCUCACAAAUUUGGCCAAGUGCCCUUCUUCCACCCUUCAGAUUCUUGGUGCUGAGAAAGCACUCUUCAGGGCUUUGAAAACAAAAGGAAACACUCCUAAAUACGGUCUGAUCUUUCAUUCUUCUUUCAUUGGGCGAGCAUCUGCGCGCAACAAGGGCCGAAUGGCACGUUAUCUUGCAAACAAAUGCUCUAUUGCAACGCGUAUUGAUUGCUUUGCAGAGAGCAGCACCACAACCUUUGGAGAGAAACUUCGUGAGCAAGUUGAAGAGCGGCUUGACUUUUAUGACAAGGGCAUAGCACCUCGUAAAAACAUAGAUGUUAUGAAAGCUGCAAUUGAAAGUGCUGAUAACAAAGCAACUGCUAUGGAUGUAGAAGAAGUGCCAAGCGAAGCUUCGGGGAAGAAGAGCAAGAAAAAGAAAUCAAAGUCUAAUGCUAACGGUGAGGUUGAAGACGGCCCAAGUGCUACUGCAAACGGUGAUGUCGCAGAGGAUACAAAAUCAGAAAAGAAGAAAAAGAAGGAGAAGCGAAAGUUGGACAGGGAAACAGAGGAACAACAGCAGGCUUCAGAAAUCAUAAAUGGCGAGGAAGAAGCAGGCAAGAAGAAAAAGAAGAAGAAGAGCAAGGAUGAAAACAAGGAUGAUCAAGUCGCUGCCGAAGAUGGUAAGAAGAAAAAGAAGAAAAAGUCGAAAAGCGAAGAUGCCGAAUGAAUUGUCGAACUACAGUAAACUUGGGUGGCAGAUGGUUAUUUAAUAGGUAGACAUGGUUUUGUUGCCAUAAUAUUGUAGCAGCUGUAGAAAUGCCCCGUUGUGGCUGUUUUUGGUCUCCAAUCUCUAUAAUUUUGGUCCAUCCAUCAGCAAAACUUAUGCCAAUAUGCGUAUGUUCCCUUAUUGCCUUAUAAUCUUAAUGACUUGACUCUAAUUUUUGUUGGAA